AGCUGUAUGGAGGCAAGGGGAGUCUAGCUUUGCUUCUUGGUCCAGGGGUAGCCCAGGAUGGCUGCAGUGUCAUAUGAUCAGUUGUUAAAACAAGUAGAAGCAUUAAAAAUGGAGAACUCAAACCUUCGACAAGAACUGGAAGACAAUUCAAAUCAUCUUACAAAACUGGAAACUGAAGCAUCUAAUAUGAAGGAGGUGCUAAAGCAGCUGCAAGGAAGUAUUGAAGAUGAGGCAGUGGCUUCAUCAGGACAGAUCGAUUUGCUGGAACGUCUUAAAGAAUUGAACUUGGACGGCAACAGCUUCCCUGGAGUGAAGUUAAGGCCAAAGAUGUCCAUGCGUUCAUAUGGGAGCAGAGAAGGCUCUGUAUCCAGUCGUUCAGGAGAGUGCAGUCCUGUUCCCAUGGGAUCAUUUCCCAGAAGAGGUUUUAUGAAUGGAAGCAGGGAGAGCACUGGUUAUCUAGAAGAGCUGGAGAAAGAAAGAUCACUCCUGCUUGCUGAACUUGAAAAAGAAGAGAAAGAAAAAGACUGGUAUUAUGCUCAGCUUCAGAAUUUGACUAAGAGGAUAGAUAGCCUUCCUCUUACUGAAAACUUCUCCUUGCAGACAGACAUGACUAGAAGGCAGUUGGAAUAUGAAGCAAGGCAGAUCAGAGCUGCCAUGGAAGAACAGCUAGGUACUUGUCAGGACAUGGAAAAGAGGGCACAGGUAAGAGUGGCUAGAAUUCAACAAAUAGAGAAGGAUAUUCUUCGAAUAAGACAGCUGCUGCAGUCCCAAGUUGCUGAAGCUGAGAGGGCACCUCCAAGCAAGCAUGAUACAGGCUCGCAUGAAGCAGAGAGGCAAAAUGAAAGUCAAGGAGCAGCAGAAAUCAGCAUGGCAACUGCUGGCAGUAGUCAGAGUUCAGCGGCUCGAAUGGACCACGAGACGUCCAGUGUUACGAGUUCUAACAGUUACUCUGUUCCUCGAAGACUGACAAGUCACCUAGGUACAAAGGUUGAAAUGGUGUAUUCCUUGUUAUCAAUGCUGGGUACUCAUGACAAAGAUGAUAUGUCCCGAACUUUGCUAGCAAUGUCAAGCUCUCAAGACAGCUGCAUAGCCAUGCGCCAGUCUGGAUGUCUUCCCCUCCUCAUCCAACUUCUACAUGGCAACGACAAAGACUCUGUUUUGCUGGGAAACUCCCGGGGCAGUAAGGAGGCCCGUGCCAGGGCCAGUGCAGCACUACAUAAUAUCAUUCAUUCGCAGCCUGAUGAUAAGCGAGGCAGGCGAGAAAUACGUGUCCUCCAUCUUUUAGAGCAAAUCCGAGCUUACUGUGAAACAUGUUGGGAAUGGCAGGAAGCACACGAUCAGGGCAUGGACCAGGACAAAAACCCAAUGCCAGCUCCAGUUGAUCAUCAGAUCUGCCCUGCAGUGUGUGUUCUAAUGAAGCUUUCAUUUGAUGAAGAGCAUAGGCAUGCAAUGAAUGAACUUGGUGGUUUGCAGGCCAUUGCAGAAUUACUGCAGGUGGACUGUGAAAUGUAUGGACUUACUAAUGACCACUAUAGUGUCACAUUAAGACGAUAUGCUGGAAUGGCUCUUACAAAUUUAACUUUUGGCGAUGUAGCCAAUAAGGCUACGUUAUGUUCUAUGAAGGGUUGCAUGAGAGCUCUUGUAGCCCAGCUAAAAUCCGAAAGUGAAGAUUUACAGCAGGUGAUUGCAAGUGUGCUGAGGAAUUUGUCUUGGCGAGCUGAUGUGAACAGUAAGAAGACCCUUCGUGAGGUUGGAAGUGUGAAAGCACUGAUGGAGUGUGCUUUGGAAGUUAAAAAGGAAUCCACCCUAAAAAGUGUAUUGAGUGCCUUAUGGAAUUUGUCAGCUCAUUGCACUGAGAAUAAAGCUGACAUAUGUGCAGUAGAGGGUGCUCUUGCCUUUUUAGUGGGCACUUUGACUUACCGCAGCCAAACAAAUACUUUAGCCAUCAUUGAAAGUGGAGGAGGAAUAUUGCGUAAUGUUUCCAGCUUGAUUGCUACAAAUGAGGAUCACAGGCAAAUUCUGAGAGAGAACAGCUGCUUGCAAACUCUGCUACAUCACUUGAAGUCUCACAGCUUAACAAUAGUCAGCAAUGCAUGUGGAACCUUGUGGAACCUCUCUGCACGGAAUGCAAAGGACCAGGAAGCAUUAUGGGACAUGGGAGCAGUUAGCAUGCUCAAAAAUCUCAUACAUUCAAAGCACAAGAUGAUAGCCAUGGGCAGUGCUGCAGCUCUAAGGAACCUAAUGGCAAACAGGCCUGCAAAAUACAAAGAUGCUAACAUCAUGUCUCCAGGUUCAAGCUUGCCAUCUCUUCAUGUUAGAAAGCAGAAAGCACUGGAAGCAGAGUUAGAUGCUCAACAUUUAUCUGAGACUUUUGACAAUAUUGAUAAUUUAAGUCCCAAAACAUCCCACCGUAAUAAGCAAAGACAUAAACAAAACUUGUACAGUGAAUAUGUUUUGGAUGCUAAUCGACAUGAUGAUGGAGUUUGCAGGUCAGAAAAUUUUAAUGCUGGUAACAUGACUGUGCUUUCACCGUAUUUAAAUACUACAGUGUUGCCUGGCUCUUCUUCCUCAAGCAGAGGAAAUGCCGAAAGUUCUCGGUCUGAAAAGGACAGGAGCCUGGAUAGAGAACGUGCAAUGGGAUUCAACAGCUAUCAUUCAGCAACAGAAAAUUCUGGGAACUCUUCUAAACGAAUAGGAAUGCAGAUCUCUACUGCUACAGCCCAAAUUUCCAAAGUAAUGGAAGAAGUAAGUAUGCAUAUUACACAGGAUGAGAGAAGCAGUGGUUCUGUAGCUGAAAUGCACUGUUUGUCAGAAGACAGGAAUGCAUUAAGGAGAACAUCUACUGCCCAUUCUCAUACAAAUGCUUAUAACUUUCCUAAAUCUGAGAACAGGACUUGUCCUGUGCCUUAUGCAAAAGUGGAGUACAAGAGAUCUUCUAAUGAUAGCUUAAACAGUGUCAGCAGCAGUGAUGGAUAUGGUAAAAGAGGACAGAUGAAGCCUAUUGAAUCUUAUUCUGAAGAUGAUGAAAGUAAAUUUUGCAGUUAUGGACAGUACCCAGCUGAUUUAGCCCAUAAAAUACACAGUGCUAACCAUAUGGAUGACAAUGACGGAGAGCUAGACACGCCAAUAAACUAUAGCCUAAAAUAUUCUGAUGAGCAGCUGAAUUCUGGAAGGCAGAGCCCAUCGCAGAAUGAAAGGUGGGCAAGACCCAAACAUGUAAUAGAAGAGGAAAUAAAGCAAAAUGAGCAAAGACAGUCCAGAAGUCAAAGUGGAGCCUACCCUGUGUACACUGAAAGUGGUGAUGAUAAACACAUAAGCUACCAGUCACCUUUUGGCCAGCCAGAGUGUGUUUCUCCUUUCAGAUCAAGAGAAUCCAACAGUACAGAACAAAACAGAGUAAGCUGCAGUCUUGGGAUAAAUCCAAAAGUGAACCAGUCCUUAUGCCAGGUUGAUGAUUAUGAGGAUGAUAAGCCAACCAAUUAUAGUGAACGUUAUUCUGAGGAGGAACAACACGAGGAAGAAGAUCAGCCAACUAACUACAGCAUAAAAUACAAUGAAGAGGAGCAUCAUGUCGAACAGCCUAUCGAUUAUAGUCUCAAAUACUCAACAGAUAUUCCUCCCUCUGCACAGAAGCCCUCUUUUUCUUUUGCAAAGAGCCCAACAAUACAGAGCACUAAAACAGAUCAUAUUUCUUCAGCCACUGGGAAUAUGGCAACUUCUGCUGGCCCAAAGAGACACAACCAGCUCCAUCCAAAUUCAGCUCAGAGUAGAACAAGUCACAGUCAGAAGCCUGCUUCUUGCAAAGCACCAUCAAUCAACCAGGAAACCAUGCAGACCUAUUGUGUGGAAGAUACCCCAAUAUGUUUUUCAAGAUGUAGUUCUCUGUCAUCUUUGUCAUCUGCUGAGGAUGAAACGGGGCGUGAGCAGUCCACACGUGUCACAGACGGUAAUAACUCUAUGAAGAUGGUGGGAAUGAAAGAAAAUAGCCGAAGCCUGUCUGCAGCAAGUACAGUAAAUGAGACCUCAUCAGUAUCUCAGCAUGCCAGAACAAAAUCAAAUAGACUCCAGGCUUCUAAUCUAUCCCCUUCUGACUCUGCUAGGCAUAAAGCUGUUGAGUUUUCUUCAGGCGCCAAAUCUCCUUCAAAAAGUGGGGCUCAGACUCCUAAGAGUCCACCAGAGCAUUAUUUGCAGGAAACUCCACUCAUGUUUAGCAGGUGUACCUCUGUAAGUUCCUUGGAUAGUUUUGAGAGUCGUUCAAUUGCUAGCUCAGUUCAGAGUGAGCCUUGCAGUGGGAUGGUAAGUGGUAUUAUAAGUCCAAGUGAUCUUCCAGAUAGCCCAGGACAAACAAUGCCACCAAGCAGAAGUAAAACUCCACCCCCUGCACAAACAACACAAGUGAAGAGAGAAGUAGCCAAAAGUAAAGUGCCUAGCACUGAAAAGAGAGAAUCUGGACCAAGGCAAACAGCUGUUAGUACAGCUGUUCAAAGAGUGCAGGUAUUGCAAGAUGCAGAUACUUUGUUGCAUUUUGCUACAGAAAGCACACCUGAUGGGUUUUCUUGUUCAUCAAGCUUAAGUGCUUUGAGUCUUGAUGAACCUUUUAUACAGAAAGAUAUAGAGCUAAGAAUAAUGCCGCCUGUACAUGAAGAUGAUCCUGGGAAUGAUGCAGAACUUGAACAGCCAAACGAUACAAAGACUGAUCAAGAGAAGAAGGCAGAGAAGGCCACAGAACCUGAAAAAGAUAUACUGGAUGAUUCAGAUGAUGAUGAUGAUAUUGAAAUAUUGGAAGAGUGCAUUAUUUCUGCCAUGCCUACAAAAUCUUCACGUAAAGCCAAAAAGCCUUCUCAGGUAACUGCUUCAAAAAUACCUCCACCUGUAGCCAGGAAACCAAGCCAGCUGCCAGUGUAUAAACUUCUCCCUUCUCAAAGCAGAUUACAUUCUCAAAAGCAUGUUAGUUUUACACCUGGAGAUGAUAUGCCACGUGUGUAUUGUGUUGAGGGAACACCAAUAAAUUUCUCAACAGCUACAUCUCUGAGUGAUCUUACAAUAGAAUCACCACCAAAUGAAUUGGCUAAUACUGGUAAUGCUGGCACCGGGAUGCAAUCAACUGAAUUUGAAAAGAGAGAUACCAUUCCUACAGAAGGCAGAAACACUGAUGAUAAGCAGAGGGGGAAAAAUCCAGCUGGCUCCGUUGUUGGGUUGACUGAUGAGAAAACAGAAGAAGGUGAUGACAUUCUUGCCGAGUGUAUCAAUUCUGCUAUGCCGAAAGGGAAAAGUCACAAGCCUUUCAGAGUGAAAAGGAUAAUGGAUCAAAUUCAACAAGCAUCUACAUCCUCAUCCAUGAGUAAUAAAAAUCAACUAGAAGCUGAGAAAAAGAAACCAACUUCACCAGUAAAGCCCAUGCCCCAAAGUAACGAGUACAGAGCACGUUUACGAAAAACCACAGAGUCAAAAAGUAGCUUUAAUAGUGAAAGGAUCCACACAGACAACAAAGAUACAAAGAAACAAAACCUUAAAAACAGCUCAAGGGAUUUUAAUGAUAAACUUCCAAAUAAUGAAGAGCAUUCAAGGGGAAGCUUUUCAUUUGAUUCUCCCCACCAUUACACUCCAAUUGAGGGAACUCCAUAUUGUUUUUCGCGAAAUGAUUCCUUGAGUUCUCUAGACUUUGACGAUGAUGUGGAUCUUUCAAGGGAGAAGGCAGAACUGAGAAAGGGGAAAGACAAUGAAAUUAAAUCUAACACCAUUACAGAACACAUUUCAAACCAGCAAUCAAGCAGUAGAACACAAGCUUGCCAAAAACAUGCUCCAACAGGACGAAAUCAAUCUAAAGCUCUGGUACAGAAACACAUCCCUUUUCCUCAGUCAUCCAAAGAUAUUACAGAUAGAGGUGCAGCUACAGAUGAGAAAAUGCAAAAUUUUGCAAUAGAAAAUACUCCGGUUUGUUUUUCUCGUAAUUCAUCUUUGAGUUCUCUUAGUGAUAUCGAUCAAGAAAACAACAACAAAGAAAGUGAGCCUAUAGAACAAAUAGAACCAUCUGAGGUACAGAUAGAAUCAAACAGACCACAAGCUUCUGGCUAUGCUCCUAAAUCAUUCCAUGUUGAAGAUACUCCUGUGUGUUUUUCAAGAAACAGUUCUCUCAGUUCUCUUAGUAUUGAUUCUGAAGAUGACCUUUUGCAGGAAUGUAUUAGUUCUGCUAUGCCUAAAAAGAAAAAGCCUUCAAGAACAAAAGGGGACAAUGAAAAAAGUAGCUGUAGAAACAUGGGAGGCAUUUUAGCGGAAGACUUGACCCUGGACUUGAAAGAUAUACAGAGGCCUGAUUCAGAACAUGGUUUUUCACCUGAUUCAGAGAAUUUUGAUUGGAAAGCUAUUCAAGAAGGUGCCAAUUCUAUAGUCAGCAGUUUGCAUCAAGCUGCUGCAGCAUCACUGUCUAGACAGGCUUCAUCCGAUUCUGAUUCAAUCCUUUCAUUAAAAUCUGGUAUUUCCUUAGGGUCACCCUUUCAUCUUACACCUGAUCAAGAAGAGAAACCUUUUACUAGCAAUAAGGGUCCAAGAAUUAUUAAGCCUGGAGAGAAAAGUACACUGGAAUCCAAGAAAGUAGAAUCUGAAAAUAAAGGUAUCAAAGGAGGAAAGAAAAUAUACAAAAGUAUGAUUACAGGUAAAGCUCGUUCCAAUUCAGAACUUACAAGUCACUUGAAACAGCCACUGCAAACAAACAUGCCUUCAAUUUCCCGAGGUAGGACAAUGAUUCAUAUUCCCGGAGUUCGAAAUAGUUCUUCAAGUACAAGUCCUGUUUCUAAAAAAGGACCUCAACUAAAGAGUACAGCUUCCAAAAGUCCUAAUGAAAGCCAGAGUUCCCCCAGAGUAACAAAGCCAUCAGUGAAAUCUGAGCCAAGCCCUAUAUCCAGACAGCCAUCACAACAGGGUGGAGCAAGUAAAGGGCCUUCUCGGUCAGGAUCUAGAGAUUCUACACCUUCUAGACCACAACAGCAACCAUUAUCCAGACCUCUACAGUCUCCUGGCCGAAAUUCAAUUUCACCAGGCAGAAAUGGCAUAAGUCCUCCUAAUAAACUCUCCCAGCUGCCAAGAACAUCAUCUCCGAGUACAUCUUCUACCAAGUCUUCAGGUUCAGGAAGAAUGGCAUACACAUCACCAGGCAGGCAAAUGAGUCAGCAAACUGUAGCAAAGCAAACAGCGCUGCCCAAAUGCACCAGCGGUAUUCCCAGAAGCGAGUCUGCCUCAAAAGGAUUAAAUCAAAUUCCUGGUGUUAGUGGAUCUAACAAAAAGGCCGAAUUAUCUAGAAUGUCAUCAACCAAAUCCAGCGGAAGUGAAUCUGACAGAUCAGAGAGGCCUGUUUUAGUACGCCAGUCAACUUUUAUUAAAGAAACUCCAAGUCCAACUCUAAGACGGAAAUUAGAGGAGUCUGCUUCAUUUGAAUCAUUGUCUCCUUCUAGACCAGACUCCCCCACCCAGUCACACACACAGACCCCAGUUUUAAGUCCUUCACUUCCUGAUAUGUCUUUAUCUACUCAUUCAACAAUCCAAACUGGUGGUUGGCGAAAGUUACCUCCUAACUUGAGUCCUUCUUUGGAAUAUAGUGAUGGAAGACCAACAAAACGGCAUGACAUAGCUCGGUCUCAUUCUGAGAGCCCCUCAAGACUGCCAAUUAACAGAUCAGGCACAUGGAAGCGUGAGCACAGUAAACAUUCCUCAUCACUACCUCGUGUAAGCACUUGGCGAAGGACUGGAAGUUCUUCCUCAAUUCUCUCCGCCUCUUCUGAAUCCAGUGAAAAGGCCAAAAGUGAGGAUGAAAAGCAACAUGUAAGUUCUUUUUCUGGACUCAAGCAAUCUAAAGAGAGUCAAGCACCAGCAAAAGGUACUUGGAGAAAGAUAAAGGAAAAUGAAAUUCCUCAGAUAAUGACUAGUCCUCCCCAGAAUACAUCAAGUGCUACCAAUGGUGCUGAUUCAAAAACUUUAAUUUACCAAAUGGCGCCUGCCGUCUCUAAGACAGAGGAUGUGUGGGUGAGGAUUGAGGACUGCCCUAUUAAUAAUCCCAGAUCUGGAAAAUCUCCCACAGGAAACACUCCCCCCAUUAUUGACAGUGUUUCAGAGAAAGGGAACAUGAAUAGUAAAGGUUCAACAGAUCUUCAUGGAAAACAAAAUACAGGAAAUGGAAAUGCCCCUGUUCGUACAAUGGGUUUAGAACACCGCUUAAACUCAUUCAUUCAAAUUGAUAGUCCAGACAAGAAAGGAACUGAAACAAAACCUGUGCUAAGCAAUCCUAUCCCUGCCCCAGAGGCCAGUGAAAGCAUCAUUAAUGAACGCACACCAUUCAGCUCCAGCAGCUCAAGCAAACACAGUUCACCCAGUGGAGCUGUGGCGGCAAGAGUGACUCCUUUCAACUAUAAUCCAAGCCCCAGAAAAAGCAGUGUGGAUAAUGGCUCUACGCGACCAUCACAGAUACCAACACCAGUCAAUAACGGCACAAAAAAACGAGAUUCAAAGACUGAAAAUGCAGAUUCAAGUGAUGCGCAGAGUCCUAAGCGCCAUUCUGGAUCCUACUUGGUGACUUCUGUUUAAGUAAAAAUUCUGAUGUAUUAUGCUAUAUGUGAAAUUUUUUUAAUGGAACUAUACAAGAGUGUGGGUUUGUUUGUUUUUUGUAAAUAAGUUUGAUUCUUGUAGAGGGUCCUUGUUCUGGAAGCCAUAUUUGAUAUUCUUUGUCUUCACUGGUAACGCUUUCGAGGGAUUCCUGAUUGAUAGUUUAGCAAUAAAAUUGCUAAAGUGAUUAUAUUUGUACAGUAUGUUUUACAUAUAUUUAAUUAACAUCCCAUAUCUUUAAUUGUUUUGGAGGGGGGAUUCAGGAAAGAUGAACAACAGAUUUAAAGAAAAGAAUUCUAUUGCUGUAUUGCUCAUUUUUAGAUUUGCAAAAUAACUAAAACUACAUCAGGGAGAAAUUGGUAUUAUUUAUGCAAAAAAAUACUCUGUUUUAGUAUUUGUGAAGCCACCUAACCUUAUAAUUAAUCAUGUGGCUGUGAAAUUCACAGUAAUAUGGUUUCUGCUGAACAAGCCUGUUUUUUCUGCAUGGAUAGAACUGAUCGUUCAUUUUCUGAAAUAAUGUUUAACAUUUCUGUGGUCACAUAAUGUGCAUAGAUAGUUAUGGUGUAAUGAUCUACCUUUUGUUUGUGCUCUGGAAAAAAAAGGAAAUCUGUGUAUGUGUAAACCUUGAACAAAAUUAUUUUACCUGAACUAGAUUUUAUCUGACAGUAGGUAGGAUUUUUGCUAUGCUGUAACUUGAUGUAUAUUCUGGUAUUUGAGGUGAGAUGGCUGCUCUUUUAUUAAUGAGACAUGGGUGAGGUCUCAACAGAAACUAAUGAACAUUUCAGAAUAAAUUAUUGCUGUAUGUAAAUUUUGUUGUGUGUUACUUUUGCAGUACCUAUUAAAUCAAUGUUUAAUUUUGGUA